AUGGGAUGCACACAAAGCUCAGAACAAAAGUCCAGUUCCUCAAUUGACAAGGAACUCGCCGCCGAAAAGAAAACUCAAGAAAGAGAAAUUAAAUUAUUAUUGUUAGGUGCUGGUGAUUCUGGUAAAUCAACAAUUGCAAAACAAAUGAGAUAUAUUCAUACCAAAGGUUUCUCAGAUGAUGAAAUCAAGUCUUUUAGAGAUAUUAUGCAAUCCAAUGUUUUGCAAUGCGUACAAUUAUUAAUUAGAAACUUAGAGAACUAUGAUAUGGAAGUUGCAGCUGAACUCAGAGAUAGAUCCGAAUACUAUGCCAAUGCCAACCCAUAUGAAUUGCCACUUGCCCCACACAUGUGUGAUGAAUUGUCCAAACUGUGGAAGGAUCCAUCCAUUCAAGAAUUAUAUAACAAUAAGAGACAUGAAUUCAAUUUACCAGAAGUUGCUGGAUAUUGUUUGGCAAAUAUUGAAAGAAUUGGUUCAGAAAACUACAAUCCAACCCAAGAAGAUAUUUUGAAGUGUCGUCAAAGAACCACUGGUAUGAAGGAAACAGUUUUCGUUGUAGACGAUGUUAAAUUCCGUUUAUUGGAUGUAGGUGGUCAAAAGAAUGAGAGAAAGAAGUGGAUCCACUAUUUCGAAGAUGUCAAGACAAUUAUUUUCUGUGUUGCUUUGGGUGAUUACAAUAUGAAUCUCGUUGAAGAUGGUGCCACCAAUCGUAUGAUGGACAGUAUGAAGCUGUGGAGAGACAUUGUCAACAAUGAAUACUUUAAGAAUACCUCAUUCGUUUUGUUCUUGAACAAGAACGAUAUCUUCCGUGAAAAGAUCACAAAGGAACCACUGAAUCAAUUCUUCCCAGAGUACACCGGUGGAUUCGACUAUGAAAAGGGUCUCGAGUUUGUCCGUAACCAAUACCUGUCACAUGUACCAUCCGGAAAGACUGUUGUAGCUCACGUAACCACCGCCACCGACACUGAGAACAUUAGCGUUGUAUUCGAUGCAGUCAGAAGAUCAAUUAUCAAUCAAAUUCUUAAAAUUCAUUUCUAA